AUCUGUGUUGACAGUCCUGAGCUGGAUGCACCAAGGGUCUGACUCUGUAUAUGGCAGCUCCUAUAUUCCUGCUGGAGUCGCAAGAAUAUCAGGAAAUAUGCUAAGCUGCAAUCAGCACGUAGUUCUGGGAAUUAAUGAGUCAGAUCAAAUUAGCCAGCCUGUAAUCCCCUUCGGUAAUUUAAUUUUCUCCUCCUUGUCGCCCUCCUCGGAAUGAAUUGUUUACUGGACGCAGGCACAGGAGGCACAAAUCCGAUGACACAUGUCUCCGAAGACAUGGGGCGCAUUUCCGGAGCUGGGGCCCCGUUGAGCUUUGAGACUCAGCAAACCGCUUCGUGUACAGCGAUGGAGAAUUACGCCUCAAAAGCCAGUCUGGUACCUGCAGCUUUUGAUGCCGAGGUUCUGUGAUUCCCCCCCUUAUAAUUUAAGAAGGAAUAGGGCAGCAAAAGUAAGAACUGGUGGGUCUGAGCAGCUCUCCCUGGAAUAUCUAAGGUUCUGGGUUGUCAGACUGGGGACAUUUCCACAGGGGAUUUGAGUAGGACAGGGAGACCCGCGUUCAAAUCUCCACUCAGCUAUGAAACUUCUGGGAUGAGACUGGGCCGAUCACAUAGCUCUCAUGUUUCUUGGUUGGUUGAAGACAUUCUUCCUACCUUACAGGAUUGUUGUGAGGAUAAAUAGAAUCCUGUACAGAGCUCUGGACUCCUUGCAGGAAGAGCGGGAUAUAAAUGCAGCAAAUACAUAAUGAACGGCCCUUUGCCAUUUGUAGCUCCUUGGCCCCCAAUAUAAUUGAAUUAUAUGGGAUGGGGUGUGUUCUGGGGUUGUCUUGUACAGCUGAAUAUAGGAAUUGCACGUAUCCCAUGUCAGACCCGUGGUACAUAUAGCUUAUUUGCUUACACUGACUGGCAGCAGUUUUCCAACUUCUUUUCUCAGCCCCACCAGGAGAUCGGAACAUAGGAAGCUGCCAUAUACUGAGUCAGACCAUAGUCCAUCUAGCUCAGUAUUGUCUUCACGGACUGGCAGCAGCUUCUCCAAGGUUGCCGGCAGGAGUCUCUCUCAGCCCUAUCUUGGAGAUGCUGCCAGGGAGGGAACUUGGAACCUAGAUGCUCUUCCCAGAGUGGCUCCAUCCUCUAAGAGGGGGGGACAUCUUCCAGUGCUCACACUUCUAGCUUCCCCUUCAUAUGCAACCAGGGCAGACCCUGCUUAGCUAGGGGGAAUCGUCCGCUUGCUACCACAAGGACUUUUUUCUUAGAUGCCCUUGCUGUAAAUAGUACUGGUCUCCAUGGCCUGCAUUUCCCCUCUCUCCAACCCCCUUCUGACCACAUGGGGCAUCGAUUUCUCUGCCGUAGCGCGGGUCAAUCUGGGUGCCCUAAUUAAAAUCCUUUUUCAUUUUGGAAGCCGCGACAGCAAGUGUUCUCCUCAGGCGCCAUGCUACCGAGUGUGCGUGUGCAGGUGAGGUGGGGCAGAGAAGACGGAUGUGGGGCGAGGCUGGUGGUAGCCGGCAGCUUGCUCACCCACCAAUUCGCGCAGCGUGGCCGCCCCUCUGGGUUGGCGGCGCAAAAGAUAUUUCGGUAACCGAUGAUUACGCGUCGGAGCCUGAUAGAGCGAAAGGCUACACUGGAGACGCAGUGUGCGAAAAGGAUGGAGAACAGAGGCAGAUAAUAACUACUUUAGGGACUGAAGUGCUCUCUCUGUUUCCAUUCUGUUCGCUCUUUUUCAAGGUCCUGUCCCUGCUCCACACUCCUUCUCUUGAUAGAACAAGAAUGGGGCACUCUGUGUAUCGGAAUGCAAACCCGAGUCGUGAUUUUCCCAUGUAUUGUCUCUCUCUGUCUAUUGUACCCUGGGGGAGCUGGCGGAAGCCGUCUUGUUCCCAGGAGAUGUUCAAGGCCGCAAAUCUUUCUUGGUUCCCAUAAAAUUGGACCCUGUACCCCUCCCCCCCUCAAAAAAAAAAGCUGGGAUGUGGAUUCCAGUAUUCCAAGUGCAGAGUAUAUUCUGCGCCUUGGCGUCAUGGGAGGCGGCAUCCUGAGAAUCUCUGCUUCUGUUAAUGGGAAGACAAACAGGUUUCUAGUCCUUAAGAUCUGCUUGGGAAACAUGUGGGUGCUAGCUGGUGAAACAGCAAAAGCUAGCCAGAGGACAUAAACUGUUUUGGUGUGGGCAUACCUUUGCCCCCUCAGCAGUCAGCAGCUUGAUGUUAGGGGGUGGUAAGGUAAAGUAAAGUGUGCCGUCAAGUCGAUUUCGACUCCGGGCACCCACGGAGCCCUGUGGUUUUCUUGUGAUAAAAUACAGGAGGGGUUUACCAUUUCCGCCUCCCACGCAAUAUGAGAUGAUGCCUUUCAGCAUCUUCCUAUAUCGAUGCUGCCCGAUAUAGUACCAGCGGGGAUUUGAACCGGCAACCUUCUGCUUGUUUGUCAAGCAUUUCCCCAAUGCGCCACUAGGUGGAUCCUGCUUAAAUGGGUCCCCAGUGCUCAACAGGGUCAGCUUGCCCACUAGGACUGGCCCCGUUCAGCCCAUGAUCCCUUGGUGUCAGAAUCCCUAGCUGGACUUAAACAUGCUGGCCGUUAUCUCUUUCUUGAAACGACUGUUGGCCAACGAUUCGAGAGUGCAGCUCCGAACCGACGUUUCGCCAAGAAUCGGUUCACACAUAUGUAAGUUUCCCUUGAUGGGUGGCACUGAAAAUGUGCUUGAGGGCGAUGUGGAUGCCAUCAGCACUUUGACCCAACGGAUUCUGCCCCGUCUCCACCCCCACAUGCCAGGGUGACUGAUGCCAGCAGUCACCCCAGCAGGUCCCUUUGGAAACCACAGAGUGGGCCACAUGUCUCACCUUUGUCCUCAGCCCAGACAUGGCAGGAGCUUGUUUGGAUCCUCCCUCCCUCUUCUAGUUGCCUGAAUUUUGCACUGGGAAUCUGCAGCCAGUCUAAAUAGUCCUCCUUUCAUGGCUUGGCUCUUUCUGUUCUGAGAUUUAUCCAGAUUAUUCACUGAUAAUGGGAUUGGAGGGGUGUGUUCUGGUGGUGGACUUUGAGCAGAGAGUUUAUUAAGAUCACAAGAGCUACUGCAGCUCCCCACCAGUGACCUGCCGACCUUUCCUUGGAUCUUGGCCGGACACACAGAAAAGGUUUACAGUGAAACCCGCAAAGAAUCCUUGCACUCGCCAAGCUGUGUUAGCAAUGGGAUGGGGAGUGGGAACGUAGGAAGCUGCCUCCUGCUGAGUCAGACCCUUGGCACAUCUUGCUUAUUAUUGUCUACACUGGCUGGCAGCGUCUCUCCAAGGUUGCAGGCAGGGGUCUCUCCAAGGCCUAUCAUAGGAACAUAGGAGGCUGCUAUAUACUGAGUCAGACCAUUGGUCUAUCUAGCUCAGUAUUGUCUUCACAGACUGGCAGCGGCUUCUCCAGGGUUGCAGGCAGGAGUCUCUCUCAGCCCGAUCUUGGAGAUGCUGCCAGGGAGGGAACUGGGAACAUUCUGCUCUUCCCAGAACAUCUCCAUCCCCUAAGAAGGGGGGUAGCUUACAGUGCCUGUGUGUCGUCUCCCAUCCAAAUGCAAACCAAGGUGAACCCUGCAUAGCAAAGGGGGCAAUUCAUGCUUGCUACCCAAAGACCAGCUCUCUAGCAAGAGGCAUCCACGUUUAGUGACCAACUGAGCAAGGAACUGUUAUUUUAACUGGUUAGCUAGUGACUUGCUGUGUACUGAAAAAAACCAUCAUCAGACACACAAGGGGGAAAUGGGAUAGGUCCCUGCUCCCACGGAUCAUACAAUCUACAUUUCAGCCGAAGGCGGGCAGAAAGGGCCACACGAUCAAUGUGAGGGAAUGCAAUUGGGUGUGUAUACCCAACGUUUGAAGACCAAAGGCUUCAAGGAGAAGUUAGUUUUCAGGGUGGUUUUGAAGGGGUGGGGGAAUUAGGUGACCGUGGUGUCUCCACGCACAUUCUGGGAGCAGGGUUUCCAGGUGUCGUGUUGAUUCUCCACGCCUCUUGCAGUGCCAAAGGCAGAGAGGGGGCCUUUCCAGGACUGGGGGUACCAAUCUUGGCGUCAACGUGACCCAAACCCAGCGGCCUGCAUUAAUCAUGCCAGCGAAGCAACUCUGCAUAAUUUCUCUUUCUUGGGCAAAUUUAUUCUGGCUGAAUCCCUUUCCCCAACUCUAGGAAAUUCAACUCAGCUUUUUCUUUGGCACCAGGCCCUUUGCCUGAGCUUCUUAAAUGCAACCGUGAGCAACCGGGGCUUAUUUUAAGAAAUAAACACUGGGAUUCUCAAGAAUGUGGCCCUCCCAUUCUGAGUUCCCCCCCAUGGAUUGCUGCAUAUGAUGAUGAUACAUUUCUAGCUACACUACCCCCAAGAAACUCUGUGCGGAUCUCCAAUUUUCCCACCCCUGAAUAACCCGGUGUGGAUUUUAUCCUCACAACAACCCUGUGAGGUAGCUUAUGUAGGAGAAGAAUGGUAAUUCAGUACCCUGCAAUGUCAGUGAAGGUUGCCACCACCAGCACAACAUAGGAAGGCAUGCAGUGAUGCUCCAGUUGCCUCUGCAGCAGGGCUGUAGGAAACCUAGGAAGCUGCUGCAUACUGAGUCAAACCAUUGGUUCACCCAGCUCAGUACUGUCCACACAAACUGGCAGCUACUUCCAAAGGUUUCAGGUAGGUAUGUGCAGAGCCAGUUCUAUCCGGACCCAGUUUGAAUAGGCCGGUUCAACCAAUUCAGACUUGAACUUGAACCAGACCCAAGAAAGGGGUGUUCGAACCGAACGAAAUUCAAACCCAACCAGCCCCAAUUCUAAGGGAACCGGUUUGGCGGUUCGAGGGGUAUGGUAAAAGAGAAUCUGGUGAGUAUUCCCCUUUACAAGCAAAGUGAUGCAGCUCCCCCAGACUGGGUCUGGGGCUCCAACAUGGCUCAGUUCCGGCCUCUGCGCAUGCGCGGGGGAUCACACAAGUGGAAGUAUUUUAAAGGCAAAGUUCCCCCACUUUGCUUGUAAAGGGGAAUCCUCACUGGAUCCAGGCUCACGGAUUCCAUGCUCACAGGCCAGGGGAUGGUUUGAAUGCGAUUCGAAUCGGACCGCCCGAAUCGGUUCCAUGCACACCCCUAGUUUCAGGCAGGAGUCUCUCCCAGCCCGGCCUGGAAAUGCUGCCGGGGUUGAACCUCAGCUACGGCCCAGUGCAAGGGCUUUCUCUUUCCCCAUCAAAGUUGCCCUAGAGCCGUCCGGCCACGUUGUGCCCUGACGCUCUCACUCCCUGCUGCAAAUACAUCCACGCCCCUUCACAGAAAUGAAUCUGAAGAGCAGCCUUCUGUAUCGAUUUGUCCCGAUUUCCAGUUCCCAUGGAGUCCCCCUUUUUGCUGGCUGAGCUCUCAUGCUCCGGAGCGCCCUUGAUCCGUCUUCCAGAUAAAGACCUGGGAUAGAAGAAUGUGCAACCUUCCCCCACACCCACUACAAGGCCAUUCCUAGCCAAUUCUAAGACCCGCGGACAACAGAAGGGCCCGAGAUCCAGUCGAAUGCCUCCCUAGUGUUUAUCUAGGGCUUCAGAGUGCCCAUGCGCUUCACAUAUAUUAUCUCAGUAAUCCUUGAAUCAACAGCCCUGCAUGGAAGGCCAAGAUCACGACCCCCAUAUUUCAGAGGAAAAGCGGCUUGCCGAUGGCCAUCAGAAAAGAGAUUCUAACUUUCUGAUUCACACCUUUUGCCUCUUACUUGCUACUCUCUGCAGGCUCUCCAAUGGAAUUGCGCUUUAAUUGUAUUAACUAGACAUCCAAUUAACUUUCGACGACCAAUGGCCCAGCUGGGGUGGCUUAUAUAUUCCCAAUGCUUUUUAAAAAACAGACCUUCAGUGCACUAAAUUUCAAAAUUGCAAGAUCUUUCUUGCCCCCAUGGCAAGGAUCUUGUAGGUUAGGUUUAUUAUUUUGCAUGUUUUGGGAAGAUCUGGUGAUAGGGAAGGAAAGCAAGCAAGCAAGCAAGAACAGAGUGAAAGAAAGAAGGAAGGAAGGAAAGAACAGAGCGAAAGAAAGACAAGUGGCCAAGGGUGUCUUUGCACGGCUUUGGCUAGUGUGCCAGCUGUAUCCCUUUCUUGAGAUGGCAGAUCUGGCCACAUGGCUACCCAAUGCCUUAGUCACGUGGCUGGAUUACUGUAAUGCGCUCUACAUGGGGCUGCUCUUGAAGAAUAUUCAGAAACUUCUGUUGGUGCAGAUUGCAGGGUUCUUUCUGGAACUGCUCAUUUGGAGCAUAUUACACCUAUUCUGAAAGAGUUGGUUUCAUAGCAUAGGGGUUAGAGUGUUGGACUAGGACCGUGAAGACCCGAGUUCGAAUCCCCAUUCAGCCAUGAAACUCACUGGGUGACUCUGGGCCAGUCAUGUAUCUCUCAGCCUAACCUACUUCAUAGGGUUGUUGUGAGGAUAAAAAUAACAAUGUGCAGCUCUCUGAGCUCCUCGGAGGAAGAGCGGGUUAUAAAUGAAAAAUAAAUAAUAAAUAAAAUAAAAAUUACCUUUAAAACCCUUAAUAGUUUGGGCCCUGGGUACCUGAAGGACCGCCUGCUUGCAAGGGUUGCUGCCUGCCUAAAAAGAUAAUCAGAGGGGCCUUUACUCCAUGCUCCGAUGGUGAGAGAGGCUAGAUUGCCGUGCACAUGGGACAGGGCCUUCUCUGUUGUUGCCCCCAGACUCUGGAAUGCCCUCCCAGUGAAUGUCUGCUCUUUGACAUCUGUGGCUGUUUCUAAAGACCCUUUUAUUUGUUCAGGCUUUUACCCCUAGGGGCUGCCGGGUCUCUCAGCUUUCCUGUUUCUUUUGUCUUUUUAAUGGUGGGUUUUUGGGGUGGUCUGUUUUUUGGUUUUUACUGCUUCACUGAUUUUAAGGUUUUAGAUGUCACUUUAAUUGAAUGUUAUUGUAUUUUAACUUUUGUAAACUGCCUUGAGAUGCCUUUUUAUGAAAGGUGGUAUAAAAAUUGAACUAUCUAUCUGUCUAUCUGUCUGUCUAUCUAUCUAUCUAUAUCUGGAGUUUAAAAAAAAUUAACUUCUAAAGUUGGUUUUAACAGGGGCUUUUUAGAUAAUUUCUAUUCGUUUUAUUAAUUCAUUUUUAUAGGGCAUCUGUUUUAUUGAUUGUGAGUUGUCCUGAGCAAUAAUGUACUGGAGGGACAGGGUAUAAAGAUUUUAAUUAGAAUAAACAGUCCCAGACCCUUUGUGUUAAAGAGAGCCAGUGUGGUAUAUCUUCUGAAAUCUUUCCUUUCUUUCUUUCUUUCUUUCUUUCUUUCUUUCUUUCUUUCUUUCUUUCUUUCUUUCUUUCACUUCUGCCUCUCUUUCUCUUCUAGCUUUCUUCCUCUUCUGCCUCUCUUUUCCCCCCUUUCUGCCUCUUCUGCUUCUCUUUCUUUCUUUUUUCCUUCUUUUCCUUCCUUCCUCUUCUGGCCCUGUUCCUCUUCUUUCUUUUUGCCUCUUUCUUUUUUUCUCUCUCUCUCCCUCUUCUGCCCCUCUUUCUGCCUUUCUCUUCUGCCUCUCUCUCUCUCCCCAUUUGCAACUUGCUGUACAAGAGACUUCCUCUUGUCAUUACCCAAAUAUUUUCACUGUCAUCUCCUCCACCCCCUCCGCAUACACCAUCUCGGCAUCACGAGAUCUUGAAAGAACAUGUCUUGAGACUUGUCUGGUCCUUGUGUUGACUGUUCCUGAAUGCCACACAUUUCAACAGUUGCGGUUGUGUAUGGAUUCUUGCCCUUUUCACUCUCUCGCUCGCUCUCUCCAGCAACGCAGCUCCUAGAACUUUCCCCCUUAGAACUUUUCCAUUUCUGGAGCUGGGGCUCAGUUUCUCCCCUCCUUCCCUCCCUCUCCCCCCACUCCCAGCCAUCUCCUCCCCAUCUCUGCAGACCUCCACUUUCCCCAGCCAACAGUGAUUCAAACAAAGAAGAAAGCCCCCAACUUCUGCCUGGAUUUGCCUUUUUUAUGGUGUGAACUCUGAGAACGUCACAGCUUGUCUGGCUAUAGAUGGGGCUGUAGAGCCCAGGAUAACCCUCUUCGUGCCUGCCCACAAGAGAGAGAGAGAGAGAGGAGAGAGAGAGAGAGAAACAAGAGGGGGGGGAGCUGAUGGAGUGGGGAGGCUCUCUGUGUUGUAUAGAUGUGCGCGCUUCACACAGAAGCAAAACUGCUCCUUCAUGUCCCCGGAGAUCUCGUGUGUUCCCUAAAAGAAAAGGGAAGCCAGCCAGGAGAAAUAAGAGGUGUUGCAGGGGGGGAGAAAGGGAGGAUUCUCAGCCUUUUCCAUUCAAGAUUUCGUCCACACAGCCACAAGAGACAAGAACCAGCCUCCUUGAUUCCUGGAGAUCUGCUGUGAUUUCAACCCCCUCUCCCCAAACCCUACUUUCUUUCCCCCCCACCCCUCCCAGCCCCUCCCCCCCACCCCUUUCUGGCUGCCUGCGCUAAGGAAUGAUGAAAAAGACCAAUUCAACCAAACGGGGCCCACAAGAUGGGAGCCAGCAGCCUGUACAGCCGGAGAAGGUCGGCUGGGUCCGGAAAUUCUGCGGGAGAGGCAUCUUUCGGGAAAUCUGGAAAAACCGCUACGUGGUCCUGAAGGGAGACCAGCUGUAUAUCUCUGACAAAGAGGUAAAAGAUGAAAAAAACAUCCAGGAGGUCUUUGACUUGAAUGAUUACGAGAAAUGUGAAGAGCUCAGGAAAUCGAAAAGCAGAAGCAAAAAGAACUAUAGCAAAUUUUCGCUCACGCACUCCAAGGAGCCGGGGAACACAGCACCCAACCUGGUCUUCCUGGCUGUGAGUCCGGAAGAGAAAGAGUCCUGGAUCAAUGCACUCAACUCAGCGAUAACCCGAGCCAAAAACCGCAUUUUGGAUGAGGUUACUGUCGAGGAGGAAAGUUACCUGGCCCAUCCGACCCGCGACAGGGCAAAGAUCCAGCACUCUCGGCGACCUCCGACUCGAGGCCACCUGAUGGCUGUGGCAUCUACCUCGACAUCUGAUGGAAUGCUGACGCUCGACUUGAUUCAGGAAGAGGACGCUUCCCCCGAAGACCACGGCACCUGUGAGGAGAGCUUCCGGGUUGACCUGGAUAAAUCAGCAGCCCACCUCAGCGCUGGGCGGAGGUGUUCGGAUUCGGAAAAUGUCAAGCCGCCAGAGAAAAGCCGGACGAAUAGCCUGCCGCGGCGGGAGGCCAGCUUAUGGGAUAAGUUCUCGCAACGCAAAGACUCUCUUGACAAGGGGACCAUGUACACGCCGCAGGUGCCGAAGAAGCUCUCCCACUCCGAAAAGAACAAGUGUGUCUCCAUGGAAGAGAUCCUGUCUUGCCGGGACUCGACUUCGGCUCACCGGGCCGUGCUGAGAAAGGGCCUGGAGGACCAGUUUGCCUCGGCUGCCGAACCGGAGCAGCUGACUCGGAUACAGGAACUUGUGGCGUUGAAACUUGAAAAGACGCAGGAAAUGCUCACGGAGGUGAAGGGCUACGGAGAAGGGAAGCGUAAGGCCAAGGAGCCUGGUACCCUCACCUCCACCACCUCCUCUUCUUCCUCCUCCUCCUCUUCCAAGGUAGACUCGGAGGCCAUCUUGCAGGAGACCGAGAGGCUGCUGGGAGAGGCCUCCUCCAACUGGAGCCAGGCCCAGAAAGUGCUUCAGGAGGUCCAAGAACUCAGAAACCUGUACAAACAGCUUGAACUGCAACUUUCGGACCCUAAACCCAAACAGAGCACACAAUCUCAGUACCGGAAGAGUAUGAUGUGAAGGCAAGCUCUGGGCUCUAGGUGGGAAGGACUGGGGAUUCGGUGGCCAGGGAGGGUUAGUAUGUCUUUCUUUUUUUUAAAUUUACAGUGUUUGAUGCAUACGAGGUGCCUGUUCUCACUCAUCUGACCCCUGCUCCUCACAAGCUCAAUUUCUCCCCCCUUAUGUUCCCAUGAGUCUUUUUUCCCUCUCAGGCCUCAGACCAACACGUUCCAAUAAAUCAGUUUGCAUCCA